AUGACCCAGCACUGGGAUGGCCGGCGCGGAGAUGGGCAUUCCGGCAGGGUCUAUUCAGUGGCCUUCUCCCCGGAUGGAUUCCAGCUGGCUACGGGUGCUGUUGACAAGAAGGCCAAAGUGUGGGAUACUCGAACUGGGGCCUGCCUGCGGUGCUACAGCGGUCACACAGAUCUUGUGAAUUCUGUUGCGUUUUCUCCGGAUGGGAAGCUCAUAGCGUCAGCUUCAGACGACUUUACCUCCCACAUAUGGACUGCGGAUACCUCACAGGGCCGCAUCGCUUCCUACAGGCACGACACUGAAGUGCUCUCCCUUGCCUUUGCAGGACAUGGCCAGACCCUGGCCACUGGCUCGGGCAAGGGUUCUAUCCACCUUUGGGACCUGACAGCGCAUGAGGAG